UAAUUCUUUCUGUUACAAACAAAAAAAAAACAAUAAAAUGGCCAAGGAACGUUCUGCCAUUAGUAAAAACAUGAGCAAGAAGAAGGUGUCUGGUACACAUGUAUCAGGACUUUCGACCUCUAAAUCAGGAGGACCAAAGCGAAAGGAAGCACCUGUCAAAUUUGGAAAGCUUUCUAGACAACAAAAGCAAGAUUUUGAAGAUUAUGGAGAGCUUGUACCUACCGAUUUUGAAAUGAAUGAAGACGACACAACAAAGCGUAGAAGAGUUAUCUCAGAAGCAGAUUUAGAUAGAGAAGCAGACGAAGCCAAGAGACGUGCUGAAGGACAAUUUGAUAGCGAAGAAUCUGGCAGUGAGAGUGAGGAAGACGACUGGAAAAAACCUUCCGCUUACUCCAUGUUGAUUGGCUCUUUAAAAAAGAACUCCAAGCAAAAGGAUUUCUAUAAAAAGAUUAAGCGUGAACAAGAAGGUAUCGAAGAAGCUGAUGCCAGCGAGGAAGAAGCUGCUGAAGGUCAAGAAUUUGACGACGAAGAGUUGGAAGGCGAAGAAGAAUUAGAAGACGAUGAGGAUUUGGAAGAGGACGAAGAUCUGGAAGAGGACGAUGAGAGCGAUGACGAAGAUAUUGAAGAGGCUGAACCCAUCGACAAGGAUGCUGCAGAUCCUUUGGAAGAGGACGAUGAGGAAGAGGAAAUCGUCUAUGUUGGCAGUGACGAGGAAGAGGAAAUUCCUGAUGAUCUCUUCGAAUCAAGAUUUGCCGAUCAAUUACCUGCCAGCUUCGACGAAAAGAUUUCUGUCAUUGAACAAAAGAAGUGGAUUUCUCAAGUCUUCCACGACGAAGUUUUGAAGGAGGUUACUGCUUUGACUACUACUGUCGAUAAAAAUAUUCAGAAUAUGCCCAAAAUUGAAAACUUGGAGGAUAUCAAAGUAAAGCAACGUAUUGCCAAUUGCUGGCCCGUUGCUAACAAGGAUAUCAUUAAGAAGGGAAAGGGAACUUUUACUCCUCUUCAAAAUAAUUUGUUCAAUCAAAUGAACAAUUACCGUGAUAUGGUAUUCUGUAAUCGUGAAUUGGGUAAUGCAAAAGCUAUCAGAAAUGCUUACGCUCUUCACGCUUUGAAUCACAUCACCAAGACAAGAGAUCGUGUUUUGAAGAACAAUGCUAAACUUAGUAAAGCACAAAAGGAGGGUACAGAUGCUGGCGAGAUGCGUGAUCAAGGGUUCACUCGUCCUAAAGUCUUGAUUAUUUUGCCCUUCAGAAAUACGGUUGUGGAUGUUGUGGACACACUUAUCAAAUUAUCAGCUACUGAUCAACAAGAAAACAAAACUCGAUUCUAUGAACAGUUCAAUUUACGUGAAGACGAAGCUGUUGAUACAUCCAAGCCUGCUGAUUAUUUGCAGAACUUCCAAGGAAACAUUGAUGAUCAUUUCCGUUUGGGUAUCAAGUUUGCUAAAAAGUCCAUGAAGAUCUAUUCUGAUUUUUACAAUGCUGAUAUUAUUAUUGCAUCACCAUUGGGCUUGCGUACACUGAUUGGAACUGAAGGUGACAAGAAGAGAGAUUUCGACUUUUUGUCUUCAAUCGAAUUGGUGAUUUUAGAUCAAGCCAAUCAUUUCUUGAUGCAAAAUUGGGAACAUAUCGAACAUAUCUUCCAACAUCUUAAUUUGAUUCCUACAGAUGGUCACGGCUGUGAUAUUUCAAGAAUCAAGAGUUGGUAUUUGGAUGGAAAAGCCAAAUAUCUUCGUCAAACACUCGUCUUUGCCGACUUUUUAACACCAGAAUUUAAUGCAUUAUUUAACAAACAUUUAAAGAACGUAACCGGUAAAUUAAAGAUCAAGCAAACCUAUGAAGAAGGAUCUAUCAUGGAUGUUAUUCCUCAAGUGCAGCAAUGUUUCACUCGUAUCGAUGCUCCAUCUUUGAAAGCAAUCAACGAUACACGUUACAAAUACUUUAUUGAAAAGACUUUACCUACUCUUCGUAAAUCCGCCAUUAUGCAAUCACAUACCCUCAUCUUCAUUCCCUCUUACUUUGAUUUCGUCAGAGUUAGAAACUAUUUUGAAGAUAACAGGUACUCCUAUGAGCCUUGUUCAGAGUAUGCUUCUGGCAGUUCCAUCACUCGAUCAAGAGCCCAAUUUUUCCACGGUAGAUCCAACUUCCUUUUAUACACAGAGAGACUUCAUUUCUUCAGAAGAUACAAUAUUCGUGGUACUUUCCAUGUGGUGUUUUAUGGACUUCCUGAAGAUCCCUUGUACUAUACAGAAAUUGUGAACUUUUUGGGCCUCAAGUUUGAUGAAGCAAGUGCAGCUGAGGAGGCUACAUUCUCUUGUACUGCAUUAUUCUCUAAAUACGAUUUCUUGAAAUUAGAGCGUGUUGUAGGUACAGAGCGCGCAAAGAAGAUGUGUACAGCUCAAAAGAAUGUAUUCAUGUUUGCAUAGAAAAUAUGAAAUAAAUUUAG